CAGGGUGUCACAGUCUGGAGCGUCCCCACCCCGCCCUUCUUCCCGGAAGUGGUGUUCUUGUCUAAGUCUUCCGGGUAAGCGGGCGGUUCCCCACCCCUCCGUAGAGCGCUGCGGCUGGCCAUGGAGUGAGGCGGCAGCCGGGGCCUGGGGCAGGCAGGACGGAGCUGCCGGACUGAGACGCCGCCAGGAGCGGGGCCGUCUCACCCCCUCUCCCAGCAUCCUCCGCGUGGGGCCUCGACCUCCUCCCUCGACUCCGAGCGAAGGCGCUGCAGCCUCCAGCCUCUUCCCCAAAACACGAACUUGGGGGCCGCCAGAAGCUUUUGUGUAGGGCUUGCCUCUUCUCCGCCACCCCGAAGACGCACGUUUUGGCACCUCCCUCAACUUUGCUCCCCCUACACCGACACUCCAACUCGCCCGUUUCCUCUCCUUAGUUCUCUUCUCCGCUUCUCCGGUUUUUCCAUUUCUAUUUCUUUCCCUCUCCUGCCUUCCCUUCUCCAUUCAUUCUCGAGUGGCUCAGUUUAUACCCAAGUUCCUCCUACAGACGACCUUUGAGCCUGAGUUUUUCUCUUCUUUCCAAAUAUUUUAUGCACUGAGGGUUGUUAACAAAUUCACCUUGCUCACUUUUUUCUUUGCAAGAACUGAAAUACACAACAAAAACUUGUUGCCUGCACUAGAUCCAACAAACGGAAACUCCUCACUUGCAACGGAGGCCCUUAUUUCUGCUUUGCCUCUCUUGCCCCCAAACCUACCAGCUGCUCCCCAGUUUGCAGGAUUCCUGUUUUAUGCUGUGCAGAGGGAAAGACAGCGCCCAUGAGGGAGUACAAAGUCGUGGUUUUAGGGAGUGGGGGGGUGGGUAAGUCGGCCUUGACUGUGCAGUUUGUCACUGGGACGUUCAUUGAGAAAUACGACCCCACCAUUGAAGACUUCUACCGUAAGGAGAUCGAAGUGGACUGUUCCCCAUCAGUACUUGAAAUCUUGGAUACAGCAGGGACUGAACAGUUUGCUUCCAUGCGAGAUCUGUACAUUAAAAAUGGCCAAGGUUUCAUCCUAGUUUACAGCCUGGUAAACCAACAAUCUUUCCAGGACAUUAAGCCAAUGAGGGACCAAAUUGUCCGCGUAAAGAGAUAUGAAAAGGUUCCUCUCAUCCUAGUGGGAAAUAAAGUGGACCUGGAAUCGGAGAGGGAGGUCUUGUCAGCAGAAGGCCGAGCACUGGCUCAAGAGUGGGGCUGCCCCUUCAUGGAGACAUCUGCCAAGAGCAAGACCAUGGUGGACGAACUGUUUGCAGAGAUCGUCAGGCAAAUGAACUAUGCAUCCCUGCCUGAAAAGCAAGAUCAAUGUUGUACGACUUGCAUUGUCCAGUGAGAGAGACAGAGAGCAAAACCUCAAUCAUGGCCAUACAGAGCAGAUAAAACUCAGAGGAAAUUUGCACAGAUGCUGCUUUGGAGAACUCUUUCAGCCCAGGCUGCAGAACUGAGCCUUGCAAAACCCUCUUUCUCUCUCUCUUUCUCUCUCUCUUUCUCUCUCUCUUUAGAGCACAUUUCCAGGCAUUGACGUGCAAAAGUUUGGCAGCGGCAGCUGUGGAGAACAGUAGGCCUGCAACAGAAUUGCUUAGCAUGUUUACCAUAUGUUUGAAAUCUGUUCUUUAUCUCUUGGUCCUCCUUUUUUUAAAAAAAAAAAUAGCUUUCUAAGUUCCUAUUAAUGGCUAAUAUGCAAGAGUUCAUUUUUUCCUAAUAUUUUGAUUUCUUUAAUUGAUUUCCAAAACUUGUAUUUAUUAAACUUAACUCAGUAUUACCUACUCAAUGCCUUUUUAAGAGAAAGUUUUAAUGGAGAAAUAAAAAGUGAGCCUUAAACAAAUGGUUACUUCUGUAUAUUACCUCACAUCCGUGCUUGAUUUUGCAAAAAAACAAAACAAAAAAACCUUCCUCCUCCAAAAUGUCAUUGGCUGAUACUUGGAAAUGUUCUGUUUAUGUGUCAUAGAAGAUACUGAAAUUCAUCUUGCAUUGUGAAGAUGUAAAAUCCCUUUUCACAGCAGAUGUGGUGGCUUGUUGUAGUGAUGGCCUGAUACAAAGGUAGUUAUUUGACAAGGAGUGAAAGCAUCCAGCAAGUGUGGUUAACCCCCCUUCCCUUUGUUAUCAUGUGGCAUUCACAUUUUUGUCUUUCAACUGAUGCAAGAAGUGUUUGAAAAUCACCAGUAUGUUUCCUUUCUGUACAGCUUCCAACUUUUGGCUUUGGUUCUGCUUUUAAGUAUGCCUUCUUGGAAAAGGGAUAAAUAUGUCCCCCACAGGGUUUUAUGUUCCUUAAGCAAAAGCUAACUCUGCUUUGCCUGGUAGGAUUAAGAUGACAUCUGGUGGACUUCUGCACAUGUAAAUCAAAUGCAAAUAAAAAUGACUUUACAUUUUCUAGUUCUUAAAUAUUGUCUCUUCUAAUAAUAUUUCGAAGCAAUAUUUGUUAAUGGCGGGUGGUGUUUGUUUUGGGUUUUUUAAUUUUCUGGUGCUCUGUGGCGCUGCUGCUUUUUUAGUUUCUAUCAAGCAAGAUUAUUUGAUAUAUCUGGGCAACAGUGUGAGCAGUCAGCUCCAUAUGGAAAUGCUUGACCUGGCCAUUGCCUUCUGCAUGGUUUAUCCAACAUCAUGUGAUUUAUCUGGAUACUUGAAGUCCUCAAACAAAAACACAGGUAUUACACAAAAUGAAGAGCAUAGAUACCAUGUUUUUUUAAAAAGCUAAUGAACACAACUUUGUCAUAAGUUGGAAAUUUUUCCAACCAGUCAUUUUAAGAUGUACCCUCUUUCUUCUGUUCUCUCGCUUCCUGUCCCUAGUCGAAUAGCUAUAGCUCAUUUGACCUCAUUGAAAUUGCAGGUUUAAGAGCCCAGCUUAAGCCAUUUGAACAUGUCUGCUUUGGGUAUCCAUCCUGAUUUUUUGUCUUGUAAUAGUUGAGUGUUUUCGACACUGAGCACUAGUGGUAAAGAACCCAUAUCAGAAGUCAAAUAGUUUGUAAUUUAAACUAAACUAAGGCACCAGCAUGUUAGCUCUUGAAUCCCAUUUGUAUCUGAGCAAAUAUAAAACACUUUUUUUCUAUCUUGUGUUUCCAGAUUCCUAAAUUUGCUAAGGGAUUCCAUUUGCACUUUAAUGGAGGACUUCAAGCUGUCCUCAUAGAAUAUUGCAUGAGAAUGUGUUAAUUGAUGUGCCAAGGGAAUAAAGAAUUUUCUAAAUAGGUAGGGCAGAAAUAUUGGAUGGCCAUUGACCCAAGUUACUAUUUCCUCUGUAUUUUGGCUCCUUCCACACUUGUUAUACUAACAGGAAAGGCAAAACUCAAAUAUCCUUGGUGUAUCUUGGAAUAAAAGACUAAGUUGAAGUUUCUCUUAGCCGAAUAAGCAGCUGUUGCAUGGUGUGCAGUUAUUCACAGGACACCCAGCUCUGUCUCCUGCACACUGUGCCUAAACAGAAAAGUUGUGUAACCCCUCCCCUUCCCUUGUUCUGCAGCUCCCUUGUUUUACUGAAUCUUGAGGAAAGAAGGUCUGGUGGGUUGGCCCAUUUGUCCUUGUCCUUAACAUCUGCACAUUGUUCAAAUCGCCGUGGUGGGGCUCUUGAAACACAAGCCAUUUUCAGGUGUCUCCUAAACCAUUCCACAUAAGCUAUCCCCUUACUAAGUGAAAAAGCUCUGUUUUGUGCUGUGUGCCCCUACCCCCGGUGCCCCUGUCCUCUUCCCUGCAAAGCGGGGUAGUGGCAGUGGUGGUUAAGAUUCUACGCAGCAUUCUUUCCAGAGUCACUGCCCAAACUGCACAAAUGCAGCUGCCUGGCAUUGAUCAAGAAGCAAAAUACCUUGGUGGGGGUGCAGUUGUAUCUUUUGCAAGGGUGCAGCUAACAGGCCAACUUUUACAUGAUGCCUCAAAGUACCUAAAAUGAAACUGAAUCUGUCGGAUGUACUGUAUCCUUAGGGGUGAGAAGUGAAAUUUGGAAUAGCAAACAUGCAACUAGAACAAUGACCUGUUAACUUUGUAAGCUUAAAAAUAAACAUCAUUUUUUUCUGAUUUCAGUCAUUCUUAUUUUGUAAGAUGACCCUACAGUCCACCUGUUUGUAACUUUUUUAAUAAAAUAGAUAUCUGUAUUACCAAA